GGCUGACCCAGCAGAGAGCGGAGGGACAUUACAAGGUGCAGGAAAACAGCAGCCCCGGACCGGACUGGAUGUCUGCCUGACUCACCACCACCUGCUUCGCACCAUGGGGAAGGACGGGCUGCCCAGCAAACCAAACUUCUUCCUCCUUCUCCUCUUCUUCCUGCCUGGACAUACGUCUCUCACCGCAGAACCGCAGUACAUGGUGCUCGUGCCCUUUCUGAUACACACCGAGUCUCCUGGGAAAGUCUGUGUUCAGCUGACCCACCUGAACGAGUCCGUGACGCUGAGUGCCACGCUCGAGUAUCAAGGGGAGAACAGGAGCUUGAUCGAUGACGUGGUGUCCGAGAAGGACGUGUUCACCUGCAUCCCUUUCUCUCUUCCAAAGUCCAAUAGCACAUCAGUGGCAUUUCUCACUGUGGGGGUGAAGGGGCCGACCCUGCAGUUCAGGAGCCGCAAGUCGGUGCUGGUCCAGAAUUCUGAGAGCCUGGUCUUCGUCCAGACAGACAAACCCAUCUACAAGCCCGGACAGACAGUUCUGUUUCGGAUCGUCUCUCUGGACAAAGACUUCUACCCGCUGAAUGAGAAGUUUCCAUUUGUCUACGUCCAGGAUCCCCAGAGGAACCGCGUGUACCAGUGGCAAGGGGUGGAACUGGAGACCGGCCUCACGCAGCUCUCCUUCCCCCUCACCUCGGACCCCAUCCAAGGCUCCUACAAAAUAGUCGUGCAGAAGAGCUUCUCGUCCCACGUGGAGCACUCCUUCCGCGUGGAGGAAUAUGUGCUGCCCAAGUACGAGGUCCUGGUGAAGCUGCCCAAGAUGAUCACUAUUAAGGACAAGGAGCUUCCAGUGUCUGUCUGCGGACUGUACACCUACGGGAAACCCGUUCCUGGUUUGGUGAACGUCCAAGUGUGCCGGAAAUUUUCCCAUUCUGCCUCAAACUGCUACGGAAAAGAAGCAGAAGCUGUGUGUGAAGAAUUCACCAGGCAGGCAGAUGCUCGUGGGUGUGUUUCUGGUGCAGUAAAGACCAAGAUAUUCCAGCUCCAGCGCAGGGGAUAUGAGAUGAACAUUGAGGUACAAGGCAAGAUCACAGAAGAUGGCACAGGAAUAGAGAUGACUGGAACAGGCUCCUGUGGAAUCACAGCAGUGAUGAGCAAAAUCAGCUUUGACCUGCUGGACUCUCAGUACAGACCAGGGAUCCCACUCUUCGGCAGGGUGAAGCUGGUAGAUGGCACUGAUGCUCCAAUUGCCAAUGAGACCAUCACGAUUUCUGUGGAUGGAGACACAUACAAAGGGAAUUACACUACGGACGAGCAGGGGCAAUCCUGGUUUUCCAUAGACACUACCACCUUCACACAAGGCUCCCUGGAAAUCCGAGCCGAUCAUAAACCUGAACUGAACUGUUACGACAGCGACUGGAUCACCCCUUCAUAUGAGCACACCAUGCGUCGAAUAAGUCGGUUUUACUCCUCCAGUAAGAGCUUCCUCAAAAUUGAGCCAAAGCCCGAGACAUUAAGUUGUGGCUCCCCCACGGAGGUCCGGGUGCACUAUAUCUUCACACCAGAGGCUUUAGGAGAGCAGAGGAAAAUUGUGAUCUACUAUUUGGUGAUGGCCAAGGGAGGCAUCGUAUUAGCAGAUACCCAUGAUCUGACUCUGAAUGCUGGAGAAGUUUAUGGGACGUUUCAGCUGACCUUCCCCGUUGAGGCAGCAAUUGCUCCCCUGGCACGGAUGCUUGUCUACACCACUUCACCCAGCGGGGAAGUCAUCGCCAGCUCGGCAGAUUUCCAGGUUGAAAGUUGCCUCCCCAAUAAAGUCAGAUUGAGUUUUGAACCCAAGGAAGGACUUCCUGCCUCCAGCACACGCCUGCAAAUCCAUACCUCGCCAAAGUCCCUGUGUGCCCUCCGUGCUGUGGACAAAAGCGUUCUCCUUAUGAAGCCUGAAGACGAGCUCUCGCCCAGCUCUGUGUAUGACCUUCUCCCACUGAAGGAACUCCGGGGUUAUAGCUUCAAGGACUACUACCUGGAAGAAGACAAUGUAAACCCGUGUGUGUCGCUUGACAACAUCUUACUAAAUGGGUUUGUCUACGUACCCAUUUCUCCUGACAGUGAAGGUGAUGCCUAUGACAUUCUCAAA